CUUAGUGCUCGCCGUGUGAGGGUGUGUGACAGUUAUUUUUGUGUUGAAAAGUGUUUGUGAUUUUGUGCAAGAUAAUAUAGUAUUUGAGUAAUUUCGUUCGGGGAUGAAAUCCACGGCCAUGGACUGCGGGAGCUGCCUCAGCCCCGCCAGCGACACAGAUGAAUCAGAGACUUCGCUGUUCCCCUUCGAUAACCAGAAAGAUACCAACAAAAUGGCCUUCGACAACUACCUAACCCCACAACGCAACAAAAAGUUCCGCGACUGCUACGAAUCGAAACUACCCUACGUCCGCGAAUUCAAGGAACUGGUCGAACGCUUCAAAAACAACGAAGAAGAAACAUUCGACGAUCGCAUGCGUUCCAAUUUCAACGAAGAAAUGAAUUAUGCUCAAAACGAAUCGAGUCUGACGCUGCUGCGUAUGACGGAACAGACUUUCGAAGUGCCGGUAGAACGGGAAAGAGUAACGCAGUCGUAUUUCGCUGAAAACGAGAAUACUAGACGGUGUUUAAACUUCAAUUUCGAGCAAGUCCAGUGUGUGUGUGAGGCGUUACAGCAGAAGGGUGAUAUAGAGAAAUUGUCGGAGUUUCUGUGGAGUUUGCCGCCGAGUGAGCUGCUUCGUGGAAGCGAAACAGUACUCAGAGCCCGCGCUUUAGUAGCGUACCAUAGAGGAGCAUUUCAAGAGCUAUACGCCAUAUUGGAGGCGCACGCCUUCCCGCCAAAACACCACAACGCUCUACAGACUCUAUGGUUCAAGGCUCACUACAAGGAGGCGGAGAAAGUUCGAGGAAGGAAAUUAGGUGCUGUGGAUAAAUAUAGGCUCAGGAAGAAAUAUCCGCUACCAAAGACCAUCUGGGAUGGCGAGGAAACCGUUUACUGCUUUAAAGAGAAAAGCAGGAACGCCUUGAAAGAAUGCUACUACCGAAAUAGGUACCCAACGCCAGACGAGAAGAGAGCUUUGGCGCGUAAAACCGGGCUGACUCUCACUCAAGUCUCUAACUGGUUCAAAAACCGUCGGCAGCGAGACCGGACACCUCAGCAGAUUAACAGACCAGAGAUGCUAGUACCAGCACAGUACGCCGGCCCUCAAGGCGGCCUGGCCCCUGCCCUGCUCCCCAACUCCUACUACCAUCAGCUACAAGAACCUACCCAUUAUCUUAGCAAUGGGGCAUAAGUGGACAAUCGUAUGGUAUUUAAAACACCCUGUCCUUCCGUUUAAGAGAGAUGCUAGUACCAGAUCGGGCCUGGUGCGUGACGAAUAGUUCUAAUUUCAAAAAUCCAUUUUCCCGACAGCGGGUUUGAUCGUUCAGUACGUGUGUACAUACUGAUUCAAAUUUAAAAUAUAUAAAUUGAUUACUGAAAGACUAAUGUCCUCUACGAACUACAAACGUCACCGAUAAUCGCAUACGAUUUGCAAUAAUUGCAUACUUGCGGCAUUUGAUCCAUUGAUUGAUUUCUUUGCUCCUACUUAGCCGGCGAUUACCCACUUAUUUAUACUCUGGCAAGCCAGCUUUGUCAGUAGAAAAAGGCGGCCAAUUUGGCUUGCCAGGGUAUACCUAUCUAAAAUCGCAUGUAAUUAGUUGCAAUGUUUGUAGAAGCCUUCAAACGUAGCCUCAAUCUAUAGCCCGCUCCAGACUACGAGGGAAGCCGCGAACGCGAGUGUGGAGUCGAUUUCACUGAUCAGCGAACUAGACUUCACACUCAAGUUUGCGCCUUCGCGCCGCGAUUCGCUCACGAGUGUGCAGGAGGGGGCUAAAACGAAAAUUGCCAUGUUUUCCACAUCUUUGUAUCUAAUCUUUGUAAAAAUGCAAAAACAAUGCAUUGUUGUAAAUAUUUUAAACUAGUUUUAAGUAAAAAGAUUUUAUUUUGUUAACUCAUUUAAGUAAUAGAACUGAUUUAAUUAUUAGAGAGUUAUAUCCUACUAUUUCUCAUGUUUUACCUCAUUUAGUACCUUCCAGUGUUAGCUUGUAAGUUUUCAUAUUUUCUGACAUACUAUUUACUGCUACAAUUAUAUUAUAUUAUACUUAUUAUGUGACUAGAACAUUUAAAUUGGAAUUGUUUGAGAAUGUGAAGUAAAUGUAGAAACUGCAACAUUAAAUCUGUAACAGACGGCGUACCGAACCGCGACUUUGGUCCGGUCUGUCCGAUCGUAUGGAAGGUGGUCCGCCGUACGUCCGUUAAGGACGCAGCUAUAAGUGAGAGCGAGAAAGAAAUAAUCUGACCGCACCAAGGUCGCGGUGCGGUGCGCCUGUCUGUUAUGGCUUUUAGUUAUGUCGAUGUCAUAGACCUCUGAGCGUGUCAAACAGGGUUAGCUUGAGGGCAUGGAGACUAUAUAAAUGAGCCAAAUCUCUAUGUAUGAAAAGUGUCCAUCAAAAAACAGUAAUUAGGCGGCGCCACCAUACACCGAAAUACUACCAAAAACAACCUACGUAAUUUGGUCGGGUUAUUUGUUGGUUCAUGUUAUACUCAUGUCCCAGAGCCUAACUAGCGCCACAGGAGAGAUUAGGAACUAUUAUUUAAAGCUGAAUGCGGUCACUUUUGCAACAAUUCUGCCAUAAGAGAUUGGCAAUACUUGAGGGUCUACCGCGAAAAUUGAAAUUUCGCGGAAGAAUCUCUAUGGUCUGACUUUCGUGGUCUUCACUUUAUUUAUUUAUUUCUUACCAAUUUUUAUUUUUUAUUUAUCUCAGACAAAUUCUGACUGGUCUAAUACAGUAGGUAAUGAUAAUGAUUUUGUAUGAUAGACCGUUUUAUCCGUGCGCGACACGUUUUUAGUUGAUGGCCUAUCAUCCUUAUUUUUAAGACGGCAAGCUGUUGAUAUCAACGGCAGAAAGUCAAAAAAAUACGCGUGGAAGAUUGCUUUCACAUUAGUACAUACAGUAUAGUCCGACAAGAAAUUGUAGAAAUUAAAAAGUGACAAUACUGUAGUGUUUUCCCUUUCAAAUAACGAGACGACACUAAUACAGGAUUGCCACUUUUUAAUAUAAAUAAUUUCUUGUCGGACGUAAAAACAGUAACACACCAUCGCACAAUGAGCUUGGUGCGGUGCGAUGGUGUGUUUCAGUUAAGAGCCCCAACUUGAGUACCCAUUUUGCCAUACUAGCUGCUUAAAAAAGUGGACACUUAUGUUAGGACACCAACUGUACCUACAUUUUUUUUCGUUUUUUUUAUUGCCAUAUUUGAUUUAAUUUAUUAGCCACGGAAAAUGUGGAAAUAGGCCACUUACGUGUAAGCUAAUAAUUUGUGUGAACUUUAAGGUGCUGUAUAUGUUUCAAAUGAUUACAUGUAUUCUAGUCUACAAGUGAAAUAAAGUUCUUAAAGAAUUA